AUGGAUUUGAAUACCGUAUGCCUCAUAGGUUCGUUUGUUAGAGUGCCGCGAAACCUUAUAUUUCGAGAGGAAGAGCCACGCAUUGUAGAGGGAGCUGCAUUGCCCGAUACUGUCGUUCGUGAAAUAUCAAACAAGGAUGUCACGAUUAAGCAUCUGCUGAAGACAGGGGACGGGCACGCAUACAUGGUGGAGCGCUACUACGGAGAAACCUGGGUUUUAUGGUGUGUCGAGGCGCCCGCAGACCAGACGCUCUACGAGAAGUCGUACAAGCGACAUACGCGGGCCUGCUAUGAGGCCAAGACGUUGGCGGAAUGGGAGCGGUACGAUGUGCCGGAGCUGCUAGGGUUUUGGCAAGAGGAUGUGGACUCAGAGCCCGAUUUGAACGCGUAUGAAGGGCUCGAGCUCGACAUGAAGCCCCCCGAUGCCCUCCCCGCGCCUACGGCGAUUCCGGCGGUAUCCGGAGACUACGCGGAUCCCCAGCUAUACCUGAACAAGAAGUACUACGAGGCGCUGUUCCAAUUGCGCAUUCCUUUGGCAUUCUUUGUGAAGUCAAAGCUUGCCAGGGCUAAAAACCUAUGCAGUAACGUGUCUGCUUGUUCAUACGAACAGGCCGUGGCCACACUGGCGCAGGACUUCCAGGAGUUUGACCGCCGUCACAGUACUGAGAACUUCGGGCUGCUACGCUACGCAUUGCCCCAGUUUGCUCAAGAGUUGCGGACCCGGUGCGUGAAGGAUGAAUUCAAACUUAACAUGGACCACUUAGAUGAUACCAGCUCGGAGUACGCUGCAGAACUUGCGCAAAUACUGAAGAUCAGAGAACUAAAGCUACAGUUGAUCAUGCACAUAGAACUUAUAGCCUUGAGGAGUCUGGAUGGCCGCUUUAGAGACUUCGAAGCCAGGUAUGAGAAUACGCUAACAAAGAGAUCGCUCAAUACACUUCGAACAAAACGGAUUUACAGCCGGAAGAGUACCAAGGAGAAGAAAAAGGCUGUCAAACCAUUGGAACUCGAUGUUUGCGAGCAACUGGACCUACUGCUGGAUAAAAUGGCAAUUAUAGAUAUUUUGCUGAGUACUGAGUCCUCUGUCUCCAAGAAUGGCGCGCCAUCGAAUAAAAAUGAGACACACGAGUUGCUCGCGGAGCAUAAACGGAACCUGUCCCGGGAUGGGAAGGAAGAGUCAUCUUUGGGAUUCAUUCGAUAUGUUUUGGUUCCGUAUUGGUCCAGAAAGAUUCCCAAUGUCACAGCAUUUAUAACAAAAAAGAUUAAAGGGUUGAAUAUGCAGAGGUGUGCAGUAUCGUCAUCCCAGUCAUCUUCAAUACAGGAGGGUAGUACGACGACUUCCCGAAGAAGUUCCUUUUCAUCCAAUCUACCUAUAUCCUCUACACCGUCAUCGCCAUCGAUACCAACGACGUCAAGCGGAUCUUCAGUUAUCGCGCCAAAACUAAUGAAAGCUAAGGCAAAUUCCAACCUUCUCGAGUUCCUCGAAUCAGAAUCAUCUUUAAAUAAACAUCCUUCUACUCUUUCGAAAUCAAACUCGGAUUUGGCCCUGAAUAGACUGCAGAAGAGACAACUGGCGGUAACUGAUUUGGCAGCCAGCGCAACGAGAAACGGGAGUUACGAGGGCAUCGGGAAUAGUUCGAAGGGGGCCAAUAGGUCGUUUAUUUCCGCUAAGCAAUCAUUCAAACGUGCCAGCAAAAGAAAGCUCGACCAGAUCACAGAGAGCAAGGUAGGUGCCAAUACCGGCGUUGUGCAAAUAACGGCCACUCCUGCAAGAACAUUAGCUAAACCCGCUGCCGAAAAGAUGACCAUUGUAAAGUCACCUUUUAGUGAGGCUAAACAAGCCACAAGCUUAGUUGAGAUUGCUGCUACUCCCCUAAGAAAUCAUCCAGAAAGCUCAUCAGCACCAGUUUUCGAACAACAUGGCAUCGUAAAAACCCCAGUCAACAGAGAUAAUGAUGCUUCAGGCAUCAACAAACCCAAGGCCAAAAAGGUGCGCCGGCGAUUAUUUGCACCUUAG